AUGUGCGCUGCUCCGUCCCCGCGCACAGCUUUCGUUUUGGUCGAACGCUUAGGAGAGGAGACUCUUGAAAUUUAUUCGUGCGGCGACGGCCGCUUCAUCCCGGGCACUCCCAGCGCUGAUAUCGAGAUCUGCUUCAGAGUCUACAAGACAGAGAGCUCCCUCAGCAUUCAUAUUCACGAAAACAGCCUCCUACAGUGGUUGCGUGCAGUCCUCCUACCGUACGACGAUCUCGACCAUGUUCUCUCUGAUGCCUCGAUCAGCAUGGACACACUGCUACCCUACUACCCACAAAUGAGUGCAGCAUUCAACCAGAAUCAAACUGAGGGCCACAGCUUCGACGCAUUGGACUUGUUUGUCCGCCAUUUCCUUCGCGAGGGCUCGAUUUUUGCCUGCUUCGGAUUUGAGCGUCUCCACGAGGAGCAGAUUCUCACGGAGCUCCAAUUUCAUCAUAUCCAUAGUCGGAGUCGCUCUAUCUCUGAAGACCUCGAUCUUCUAGACGAAGCGAUUGGCGAGCUUGACGAAGAGGAUAUCCAGGGGCCAAUCUACCCUUUCCCUUUUAUAAAUGAGCCCUCCCUAUCUCAAUUACAAACUGCGAUCAAGCAGCACAACAAUAUUUUGGUGCACAAUGCACUUGCCAUGGAUCCAGGCUCCGUUGAUGCCAAGACUUUAUGCCUCGCCAUACGCCAUUAUGAAAGGGACGUCUUUCAGCUUCUUCUUGGGCGUGGUGCCCAGGUAGACGGUGAUGGUUGCGUUGCUGGGCCAUUGUACCAUGCCGCAAAAGCUGGCCAUAUGGAAGCAGUUCAACUGCUUCUCAUUCAUGGCGCCAAUAAAGAAGGGGGAAAUUCCUGCAUCAGCGCAGCACCCAUGAGUGGCGCAGCCUCUGGCGGUCACCUCGAAAUUGUUCAAUACCUCUUCGAACAGGAAAAUGCCAACGUCAAUUGUAAUGGGUACAAGUCCCCGCUAUCCCGUGCCAUCAAGCAUCGUCACGCGUAUAUUAUCGACUAUCUACUGAGGGCUGGCGCGAAGGUGCUCGAGGAAGAUUAUAUUCGGCUUCUGUCUCAGUUCUUGGAAAAUAGCAACGUCCCUUAUAGAGACAUUCUUGGGAGUUUCAUAGCCGGCAUGAACAAUAACGCUCGUGAUCUCCUAUUUUCGAGAGCCGUAUCAGAGGUGAUAGAGGCUGAUUCAAAUAUUGACCCAAAUGAAAUAAAAGAGCUAAAUGGACAACUCAAAAUAUUCAGCUCUCUAUUAGAGGCUGGUGCCAAUGACUACCAAGCCAGGAGAGCCUUUAAGCCGACCGGCGAAUUUGUAGAGAGCAAUUUGCCGUAUGAGGAAUCGAGCAAGCUCAUCAGCGAUUGCGAGGCGGACAAUAUGUGGCUAAAAGACGAUUUUAUUGCCAGUACUCAGACUGAUUACACUCAGACGGCCCGUGAGCUCACACUGGAUUUUAUUGGCUCCAAAGGUCCCAAAGAUUCUGAAAGCUUUGAAGAUUCUGAAAGCUCCACAGAUUUUCAAAGCUUUAACCGCUCUGCCACUAUACAUGCCCGACAAGUCGACAUCUCCAAAGUUUGGAUUAAUUACCAGCGGAUGGCCCGCCAGCCCACACUAGAUUUCAUGCCCUCUAAAGGCUCUGACGUGGAAAAUUGUCCGGCGGUUGCGGCUAUACAAGUCCAAAGCCGCAGAAACAUGACGCGGCGAUUGAUAGCAAAGGUUUCGAACUCUUGUGAAAAACUGCUAGACGCAAGUACCAAAGGGGACGCCUCUACUAAUCUGAUAGAGUUUGUAGACCAUAUUGGUACCAGCAUUUCCGUCUGGAGGAGCGGAACGCGCGCGAUUCGGGACAUUUGCGAAGGGUAUAUGCCGCGCUGCCUUUCGAGUAUUGUCAGCGCUUUGCAAGUCGCAGACGCAAUGCGGUCGGCCGUUCCAUCUUCACAACUAGGGUGCUCGAAGGAAGAGUAA